AUGGGUGCUCCACCUCCACCUCCACCUCCACCUCCAGUGUAUGGAGCAAAACCUCCCCUGAUACGUGGAGGAGCCCCACCGCCACCACCUCCUCCAAUGCGUGGAGGAGCCCCACCUCCACCUCCACCUCCACCUCCAGUGUAUGGAGCAAAACCUCCCCUGAUGAGUGGAGGAGCCCCACCGCCACCACCUCCUCCAAUGCGUGGAGGAGCCCCACCUCCACCUCCACCUCCACCUCCAGUGUAUGGAGCAAAACCUCCCCUGAUGCGUGGAGGAGCCCCACCGCCACCACCUCCUCCAAUGCGUGGAGGAGCCCCACCGCCACCACCUCCUCCAAUGCGUGGAGGAGCCCCACCUCCACCUCUAGUGUAUGGAGCAAAACCUCCCCUGAUGCGUGGAGGAGCCCCACCGCCACCACCUCCUCCAAUGCGUGGAGGAGCCCCACCUCCACCUCCAGUGUAUGGAGCAAAACCUCCCCUGAUGCGUGGAGGAGCCCCACCUCCACCUCUAGUGUAUGGAGCUAAACCUCCCCUGAUGCGUGGAGGGAGCCCCACCGCCACCACCUCCUCCAAUGCGUGGAGGAGCCCCACCUCCACCUCCAGUGUAUGGAGCAAAACCUCCCCUGAUGCGUGGAGGAGCCCCACCGCCACCACCUCCUCCAAUGCGUGGAGGAGCCCCACCUCCACCUCCAGGGUAAAGAGCAAACCUCCCCUGAUGCGUGGAGGAGCCCCACCGCCACCACCUCCUCCAAUGCGUAGAGGAGCCCAUCUUCCUCAUCCAUCUACUGUGGGUAGGAGUUCUUGGGGGGACCGCCACCUCCACCACUUUCUCUACCUCCUGGAAUUAGGACCUCCUGGUGGUGGACCACCAUGUGCACCAGUGUUUGAUGUAUCAGAAAUAGAGACUUUUUUCUCUGCUAGUCUCCUUUUCUCUGCUACAGUGCAAAAACCUGAAGAAGUUCCUCUGAUUGACCUUAUGAGGGCAUUUAGAACGGAAAUUAGCCUUGCCAACUUAAAGAUGCCGCUGCCUGAUAUGAUGGCUGCAGUUCUGUCAAUGGACGAGUCUGUAAUAGAUGUUGAUCAAAUAGAGAAUCUUAUAAUGGUUUGCCCAAGCACGAGAGAGAUGGAACUUCUUAAGAACUACGCUGGUGACAAGGCGGCCUUGGGAAAGUGUGAGCAGUACUUCCUAGAGCUAAUGAAGGUGCCACGAGUAGAAUCGAAGCUGAGGGUAUUUUCCUUCAAGAUUCAAUUCGGCACUAAGAUAACAGAAUUCAAAAAAAGUUUAAAUGCGGUAAAUUCUGCGUGUGAGGAGGUCCGUUCUUCAAAAAAGCUAAAAGAAAUUAUGAAAAGUAUUCUUUACCUGGGGAACACAUUGAACCAAGGAACUGACAAGGGCUCUGCAGUGGGAUUCAAGUUGGAGAGUUUAUUGAAAUUAAGCGAUACAUACGAUCCCAACAGCAAAAUGACUCUCUUGCAUUAUCUUUGCAAGGUCCUUGCUUCCAAGGCAUCAGAUCUACUGGACUUCCACAAGGAUCUUGAAAGUCUUGAAUUAUUGUCAAAGAUACAAUCGAAGUCUCUGGCUGAGGAAAUGCAAGCUAUAACCAAAGGAUUGGAGAAACUGAACCAGGAGCUCACUGCAUCCGAAAGUGAUGGUCCUGUUUCUCAAGUUUUCCGUAAAAGAUUGAAGGACUUCCACUCCAUUGCUGAGACUGAAGUACGAACAGUAUUGAAUCUUUACAUCACCGUGGGAAGAAAUGCUGAUGCACUUGUGUAUUAUUUUGGGGAGGAUCCCUACCGUUAUUCAUUUGAACAAGCUACUUCGACCCUCUUGAAUUUUAUAAGGAUGUUUAAGAAAGCACACCAAGAGAAUGUCAAGCAAUCCUAUUACAAAGUGCCUGGUGCACCACCACCUCCUCCACCACCACCACCACCUCAGAGACGUGGAAGAGCACCACCGUACCUGAAGAACCACCACCGCCACCACAUCCACAGAUGCGUGGAGGAGCACACACUUCAUCUCUUGGUGGAUCCACCUCCGCAUUCUCCACCAAAAGAAAGUGAUACAGUCAGAGGUUUAUCGGCUACACUUACUUGA